AUGACGAGUGUCUGGAGCGCGCACGUGACCAAAGAGGGGCGGACAUACUACUACAAUCGCAGCACCAAGCAGAGCGCAUGGGAGAAACCCGCAGACUUUGACGGCGAAGAGCCUAGCGCCGUUGCUGCGACCCCAACUUCGUCCAAAAAGGCCGAAUGGGAGGAGCUUUGGGACCCCAAGAACGAGCGCGCCUACUACUUCAACCGCACGACCCGCAAGACCCAAUGGCAGCGACCCGAGGGCGUGGAGAUCAAACCGCAUGCGGGAGCCACAGAGAAGCACAAGCACCACAACAAGACCAAGAAGACGAGCGAGGAGGCCACUAUUAGGGAUGACAGCGCCGAGUCUGAGGAGACUCAGAAUCAGAAAGUUGAAGACCAGAAUCAGAUUCAACAAGAGAGAGAAGAACCUGCCCCAGAAACAACAACCCACUCGAGGAAGAAGAAGAAAAAGUCCAAGAGAGAGAAGGUGGAGCAUGUGCCCGUCGAGAGUCAGAGGAAGCGACGUCGCCAGGACGAGAAGAGACUCAUUAUCUGGGACGACGAGGAGCAGGACCACGAUGCAAGUAAAGAUAUCGAGGAGAAGGACACGGAGGACGGCAAAGAAGCCACCAGGUUGUUGCAGGAACUGUCCAAGACUGAUGCCAUCAUGGAGGCCAAUGUAUUGGCUGUAAUUAACGGCUUCUUGAGAGCUCACACGGAGUCUAAUGGGCCUGAAAUCCUGGUGGAAAAGCUGUCGUCGUCGUACCGUGGCCACGCGCAGAUGAUUGGACUUGUUGCCUCCUGGCUGGACACGCUGCCGGUGUCAACGACGGCGUUGGAGAACAAAAUGACGUUCGACGUGAGUGAAGGAGCAGUGAUUGCCAAUAAAGGAGCAUCGUGGGACCCAGCGGAGGAGAUUCUGUACAGCCAUUUGAAGGACAUGGUCGACGAGAAUUACGACCCGAAACUCGUGUCGAACGUCCUGAGUGGAUCGGCCGUGGAGCCUGAAUGGCUGACUCAGAUGCUGAGCGACCGAAAGUGGCGACUGAUGCUCAUUGAACUCGCGGAAACACACAAGACGUGUACGUUGUUGCAGUACGCUAUUCGACGCAUCUCGGAAGCAGGUCACCACAAGGAAAUUGCGUCAAUCACAAGUGCGAACGCGUUCUUCCCGGUGUUUAGUGGGGUGUUGGUGGAUGCCUUCAGCCGCAUUCCAUUCGCUAACGAGGAAGAGAUGGUGGAAGAUAUCGCAGCUCUGAAGAAAGUUUGCUGCCAGUCUUCACACUCGUACGUCUACGCCCAGGAACUGCUCUGCUCGAUGGACGACAAGCUGUACUUGAUGCAGAAGGAUGCAGAUGCUACUAGUGCUGAGUACACGCAUAUCCGUAUGGUGCGAUCAAAGCUGAAUCGUGUACAUGGAGAGCUGCAAGAGACAGCCAGCACGAGAUUUGGCGCGAAAAUCGUUCCGUUCCACAUCUUGCGUCGCCGAUACAUCUACGACGCGAACACAAAGUUCUGUGACGCAAUUCUGUCGAUCGUGAAGACGAAGAAGUGCUCGGAACUGAGUGCCGAGGCGUUGGCAAAGGAGUAUCAGACGUCCAAGACGCCACCACCAGUUGCUCAUCUGCGAGACCCCAUGGUCCUAUCAAGUCUGCUAGAUCGACUUUUUAAUCCGUCGGACUCGAUCUCGCCUGCAUUCGUACAGAACUGCGUGUUCCUGCUGGCGUACGCGGCAUCCACGAAAGAUGAUCGGAGUUUGCUGCAAACAGGAGUCCAGGGCUCCUCAGACCAGGUCGAAGUGGACGAUGACGGCGUUGAGUCCACGAAGAAAGCUCUCGUCGAGGCUUCAGCGAUCUGCAAGUCGGACCACACUAUUGGCUACAAUAUGAACCAAUCGGGAGUGGUGGACAAGCUGAUCUCGGUGAUGUCCGUCCCUGUCGUGUCCAUGGGUGUGCUGCACUGGCUGGAGGUCAUCCUCACUUCUCCAGGGCUCUUUAGCAGCACACCACUGCACAUUUGCUUCCCCAGUCUGCUGCGGAUACUGAAGGCAUCGAUUAAGCUUCACGUUGCUCAGUGGCCCAUCUCUUUUGGUGUAUUGGUGACGUCGCUGCGACUUCAUCCUGACGUGAACCCAGUGAAGGCUUUGGAGCUGAAGCGUGAGACGCUCCGGUGUAUGGUGUUUAUGAUCACAAGUGGCUACGUCCUGCCUGUACUGGAGUUUGUGUUCACGAACACACUGGAGCUGGAUCAAGCGCUACUGCGCAACUUCAUUACGAUGCUGUUCGCACGCAUCGCGCCGCCGUUUUCGCCAAAGUUUUCUGUGGCUUUGACGAAAAUUCUGACGCACCCGAAGGUGCAAACUGCUAUCAAGUCGUGCCCGCCCGAGAGCAGAAUGAAGCUGCGAGGGUUUGUGAGUUUCUGUAAGAAGAACCCAAAGGUGUUGUCGUCGGAUCAGCUGCAUGCGCUGACUGUGAUUCAGGAAGGGAGAGAUUAA